CUGCCAAUUCUCUCUCUCUGUAAAACCUCUUCUCUUUCAUUCUUUGCUUUCACCCUUUUAAAUCACGAGAUCCCCAUCUCUUUCAUCCCUUUUCCAUCCUCUUUUUCUUCUAUGUUAUUUUCCGACGGAUUCCGCCGGUGGUUGUAUUUUAAUCUCAACCAUAACGGCAGCCAUUGCUGACGACAUUAGUUUUUGUCUUUGGAGCCAAACCCUGAAGAUUUAUUUAUAUCUCUCUCGUUAAUUUCAUUGCCAGAGAAUAGAAUAUUAGGUCUGGAAUGGCGGAUUCCGGUAAGCCCAUUUCGAGUUUGGGAUUUGAUACACUGUCCGAUCGCCUCCGAAAGUCACUCACCUGCGACACUCAUGAUGCCGCCGAUAAUACCAAUAAACCUGACUUCAGAGAACUCGAUUUGGGUUCUCCGGUUUCGCCUUUGAGGGCUGGACCUGGACCCGCCGCUAGUAGUAGCUCUAGCUCAUCUGGGUCGGUGUCGGGUCGGACCGGAAGUGGACCUCGUUCUGGUUCUGGUACUUUACCUGGAAGGUCAGAUUCAGCCGGCACCGUCAACAACCACUCCGGUGAGUUGUCGGUUGAAAGUUCACCGACAUUUGCCGCUGGCGGGUCUCGGACAUUUAAGCCUGGUCACAAGCGGUCAGACUCCCGAGGAGGAACCGUUGGCAGCCCGACAAUCCAUUCCGGUGGAAGCUCAGCUACUUCUCCGGUCGGCAAUGUGCUUCCGUCCGGCAAUAUCCGCCCGUCGGGAAAGCCACUAACCACGGGUAUGAUGUCAAGCCGGAGCUCUAAAACCGAGGUAUUAAGUUUAGGAACCGGUAAUUACGGCCAUGGCAGCAUAAUGCGAGGCGGUUCCGCCACCAAGUCCGCCGUAUCCGGUGGUGAAAACCAAUUUUCAGCUAUUUCAAAUUCGUCGAAUUCAAGGAGAUCAUCAAUAGAUCCCGAAGAUUUAAAGCGGUUAGGAAAUGAACAAUACAAAAAGGGAAAUUUCACAGAGGCAUUAAAUUACUACGAUCGAGCUAUAUCAGUAUCACCUGAUAACGCCGCCUAUCAUUGCAACCGCUCCGCCGCAUUGAUGUGCCUUAACCGAUUGACCGACGCCGUGAAGGAAUGUGAUUUAGCCAUUAAAUUGGAUUCCGGUUAUAUAAGAGCUCACCAUCGUUUAGGAUCUCUUCUUAUCAGUUUAGGACAGAUUGAAAACGCAAGAAAGCACCUUUAUUUCCCGGGGUCCCAACCGGACCCAAACGAGCUCCGAAAGUUGCAGGCGGUGGAAAAACACUUAAAUAAGUGCACCGAUUCAAGACGCGUCCGAGACUGGAGCAGUGUGUUGAGGGAGACCGAUAACGCCAUUGCUUCUGGCGCUGACGCUUGUUCACAGCUAUUUGCAUGUAAAUCAGAAGCGCUUUUGAUGCUCCGACAACUAGAUGAAGCCGAUUUAAACCUUAUAAACGCCCCUAAAUAUGUCCCUUCAUCUUCCCAAACGAAAUUUUUUGGAAUGCUUUCAGAGGCAUACCUGUUCUUUGUUCGUGCUCAGAUUGACAUGGCAUUAGGAAGAUUUGAGAAUUCGAUUAGCAUGAUUGAGAAAGCGGGACAGAUUGAUCCAAGAAAUGUGGAGGUUGCGGUUUUGCUUCAAAAUGUGAAGUCAGUGGCUCGAGCCCGGGCUCGUGGCAAUGAUCUUUUCAAGUCAGAAAGGCUCACGGAAGCUUGUUCGGCUUAUGGUGAUGGGCUACGGUUCGACCCAUCGAACCCGGUUCUGUAUUGCAACCGAGCCGCUUGUUGGUUUAAGCUCGGUCAGUUUGAAAGAUCUCUUGAUGAUUGCAAUCAAGCCCUUCUUAUUCACCCAAAUUACACUAAAGCACUUCUUCGUAGAGCUGCCACAUUCACCAAGCUUGAAAGAUGGGCGGAAUCGGUGAAAGAUUAUGAGGUUUUGAGGAAAGAGCUUCCAAACAACAAUGACAUUUAUGAGUCGUUGUUUAAUGCUCAAAUGGAGUUGAAGAAAUCUAGUGGCAAAGAUGUAAAUAAUUUGAAUUUGGGUGGCAAGGUCGUUGCAAUCACUGAUCUCGAGCAGUUCAAAGCUGCAGUUGCUUCCUCUGGAGCUUCUGUUGUUCUUUAUAAAAUGUCAUCGGAUCUUCAAUGCAAGCAGAUAUCUCCAUUUUUUGACACACUUUGUACACGAUAUCCAUCUAUUAAUUUCCUCAAGGUUGAUUUGGAGGAAAGCCGAGAAAUUGGGGAUGCUGAGAAUGUGAGGGUAGUUCCUACAAUAAAGAUUUAUAAAAAUGGCAGUCGUGUGAAGGAAAUGGUGUGCCCUAGCCCAGAAGUGUUGCAGUCGACAUUGAGGCAUUACAGUGUUUGAAAGAACUUGACGGAAAAUUUAUGUUGUACACUUGGCUUCGAAAUUAGUACCUGCAGAUAUAGCAUUUAAUGAAGGAGAAUAUGGUGAUUUCAGCCUCUUCUCGACAUACGAACGUAUUUACCACUUUUUACAUUGCGACAUAAAAACCAGACGGGGGAUAUAUAGCUUUUAGCUUAGUUUUUUUUUUUUUUUUGGCAG